UGGCAAUAUUCUUAUUGAUCGCUAUAGUACAUAUUCUGAUUUAAGACCAACAAUUGCAGAUUUAGGAAUAAGCAAGCCAAUAAAUGAAUUGUCAGAUAAGAAUGCAAUCUAUGGUAUUAUUCCAUAUGUUGCACCAGAGGUGUUAAUAGGAGAAAAGUUUAUACAAGCUUCAGAUAUUUAUAGCUGGAAUAAACUAAAAAAAUUGAGAGAGGAAGAGAGAAGUGGUGGUCUGGCAAAUGCGUUGGAUGAACUUAUUAAAAAAGCAAAUAAAGGAGAAAUAAAAUUUCCAGAAAAUAUAGAUACGAGUAUUUUGCUGAGUAAAAUAAAUGAUCAAGCAAUUUAUUCUAGUCAACCAUUAACUCAAUUUAUUAGUAAAGCAUUGACUUUACAAAGCGAUUCUAAAGCGAUUUAUUUUAAUAUAAACAAACGGUAA